AUGGGUGACAACAAUUUUGAGCAACGAUGUGCUAUCCGAUUUUGUCUUAAACUUGGUCACAGUGCGACAGAAACUUUUCAAAAGCUUAAACAAGCUUAUGGAGAAAGUUUUCUUUCAAGAGCACAGGUUUUUAGGUGGUUUAAAGUAUUUUCAGAAGGCAGAGAGUUGAUUGAAGAUGAACCUCGCAGUGGAAGACCUUCAACUGCAAAAAAUGAUGAAAACGACAUCAGAGUUCGAGAACUUGUCCGAUUUGAUCGUCGAUUGACGGUCAGAAUAAUUGGAGAACAGUUGGGAUUAUUUCACACCACUGUUCAUCAAAUUUUGACCAUUGAUUUGGAAAUGAGAAAAAUCUGA